AAGCAUUUCGCGGCUCGAUUACGGAGUACAGUCCCGUCCUCCGUAAACCCCGACUGGGCUCGGAGAAUCCGUGCUGAAAGACCGGAGGUAAGUCGUCAUUGACGGUUGAAAACGCCUACAGACGUCGACUCGAAAAUUUCCCAUUUCUCCGUCCUACACGCAAUUGCAAUUCAACAACGUUCCAUCAGAUGGUGUCUUGAAGCAAACCGUACUGUCUGAACGACAGAAUUCCCCCUACCGCCACGAAUAUGUGGCGCCGAGACAUGGCGGGCGCCUUCCGGCGGCCCGCCUCUUCGAGUUCGAUCUGGUCCUCCUCGCCUUGCAGUAGCCGUUCGAUCCCUUCCCUCCACCUGCGCCGAUGCACAUCACAGACGCCAACCAGACCGCCAACAAUAGCUGCCUCCCGGCCACCAUGCUCCCGCCUCUUCUCCUCAACCCGGCCGCGCCGCAUAGUAACCCACAGCGCAGGGCCCUUCGAACCGCUCCGUCCUCCGGCACCGUCCACGCUCGGCGCGCCCCGCCCAGCACGCAGCUACCCGCGCAUCCGGCGGUGGUGGCGGCGGCUGCUGAUAUUCUCAACGGUCCUCGCCGCAGGCUACCUCGUGGACCGGCAGGUGUACGCGGCGGGGAUCGCGCGGUCGCUGCGGACGUUCGGCACGGGCCUGCUGGUGGCGGCCGAUUACAAAAUCAACUUUCGGCCGCAGCCGUUGCCCCUGAUUGGCAGCGAGGGCGGGAUCCCCGAGCUGCACCGGCGUAGCGCCGAGCGGCUGUUUGAGCUGCUCCGCUCCAACGGCGGGCUGUACCUCAAGAUUGGCCAGGCCAUCGCCAUGCAGAGCGCCGUUUUGCCCCCGGAGUUUCAAAGGAUGUUUGCCCGCAUGUUUGACGACGCGCCCCAAGACGAGUGGCAAGCGGUGGAGAAAGUCAUACGCGACGACUUUGGCGGGAGGAGCGUUGAGGAGGUGUUUGGGGUCAGCUUUGCGGGUGAAGAGGGCAAGGGCGUCAUGGAGAGGACGGCCAGGGCGAGCGCCUCAGUCGCACAGGUCCAUUGGGCGCGGCUGCCCGACGGGAGGGAGGUGGCGGUGAAGAUUCAGAAGCCCGAGAUCGCGAAGCAGAUCGGGUGGGAUCUGUGGGCUUUCAAAGUGGUGACGAAGGUGUAUACAUGGUGGUUUGACCUGCCUCUGUAUGUCUUGGUGCCGUUCAUCACGGAGCGGCUGAUGCUCGAGACCGAUUUUGAAAAUGAGGCCAAGAAUUCCGAGAUUAUGCGGCAGCUUGUCAGCGAGGAACCGAGUCUCCGGGGCAGAGUCUAUAUCCCCCGCGUCUACCCCGAGUUUAGUUCCAGGCGGGUGCUUACGACGGAAUGGAUCGAAGGCGUGAGGCUGUGGGACAAGGAGGCCCUGACUAGACCUUGGCUCGGGGGGUUUGCGAACGGUUCGGCUGGUGUGCAUGGCGCUCAACUGGAACCUCCAGAUAUGGACGCGAUCCGCCGCGAGUUGCGGGAAAACCCCAACUGUCAAAAAUUGAAGCCCGAGCGAACUGAAUGGCGAGGGCGCCGUGGAAAGGGAGGCCUCGGUGUUUCCACAAAGGACGUCAUGACGACCAUGGUUGAUCUCUUCUCCGCUCAGAUUUUCAAGUGGGGUGUCGUCCACUGCGACCCACACCCCGGAAACAUCUUCAUCAGGAGACUGCCGAACGGGAAACCGGAGCUUGUGUUGAUUGACCAUGGACUGUAUGUUUUCAUGAGCGACAAGUUCCGGCACGAGUAUGGCGUCUUCUGGAAGGCCUUGAUGACAUUCGACAACAAGACGAUCGCCGACAUCACCGAGAAGUGGGGUAUCAAAGCACCCGACUUGUUUGCCUCAGCCACGUUGAUGCGGCCCUACGAGGGCGGCGAGCAACAGUUCCAGAAGGAGAUGCUCGGGGCGAUGGACCAAAAGACCGCUAGUCAACGACACUACGAGAUGCAGCAGCGGAUGAAGCAGGGCAUUCGCGAUGUGCUGGCAGACGAGGACAAGUGGCCCAAGGAGCUCAUCUUCAUUGGAAGAAAUAUGCGCAUCGUGCAAGGCAACAACGCAUUCAUGGGCUCACCGGUCAACAGAGUCAAGAUGAUGGGCGAAUGGGCCAGUCGUUCGCUCUUCCAGGACCCCAAUCUUCCCUUGCGGCAGAGAGCCGUCAACAUGUGGCAGCAUCUCCUGUUCAAGGCUGUCUUAGUCAUCUCGGAUAUUGCCUUCUAUUAUUUCAGGCUGAAACAGCUUUUUGGUUACGGAAAGGGGAUGGAAGACGAGGUCGAAGAGAGACUGAAGAGCGUGGCCAAGGAAUUUGGCGUCGAGCUUCAGCACGAUGUAUUCGAAGGCUAAGAAGGCGGCAGCAGCGGGAAGCACCUCUUUUAUCCCCUCAUUCGGCUGGAAUGUAUGUUUUUGUACAUCAGCACUGCAUGGUUAAGGUAGACCUAGAAGAGUAGACGGAUACCCUGGGCGUUGCGGCAUUACCUAUAUAAGAGGAUCAAUACCAAGCUCAGUCAGAUUCAACCAAUAUAUAAC